UAGAGGCCGAAUACCAGUUUCCGUGCUCCAGCGGCAGCGGCAGCGGCAGCGAUGGCGAUCUUUAGUGUGUAUGUGGUGAACAAAGCUGGCGGCUUGAUUUACCAGUUGGACAGCUACGCGCCACGGGCUGAGGCUGAGAAAACUUUCAGUUACCCGCUGGAUCUGCUGCUCAAGCUACACGAUGAGCGUGUGUUGGUUGCUUUCGGCCAGCGAGACGGCAUCCGAGUGGGUCAUGCAGUGCUGGCCAUCAAUGGCAUGGACGUGAAUGGCAGGUACACGGCUGACGGGAAAGAGGUGCUGGAGUAUCUGGGUAACCCUGCUAAUUACCCGGUGUCCAUUCGAUUUGGCCGGCCCCGCCUCACUUCUAAUGAGAAGCUCAUGCUGGCCUCCAUGUUCCACUCGCUCUUUGCCAUCGGCUCCCAGCUGUCUCCUGAACAGGGAAGCUCAGGCAUUGAGAUGCUGGAGACAGACACAUUCAAACUGCACUGCUACCAGACACUGACAGGGAUCAAGUUUGUGGUUCUAGCAGAUCCUAGGCAAGCUGGAAUAGAUUCUCUUCUCCGAAAGAUUUAUGAGAUUUACUCAGACUUUGCCCUCAAGAAUCCAUUCUACUCCUUAGAAAUGCCCAUCAGGUGUGAGCUCUUUGACCAGAACCUGAAGCUAGCUCUGGAGGUGGCAGAGAAGGCUGGAACUUUUGGACCUGGGUCAUAGGCUGAACCUGUGAUGGACCCCCAAAUUCUGAGAGUUCCUGCAACAGGAAUACUGCUGUUUACAGUCCAGUGGAAAUCCCAGCAGCCUUGUUAGUGCACUUGAAAAUGGGAGAAUGCUGACCCUGAUGACUUGUACUGAUUCCUGAGCCUUAACACUAUGUAUUUCCUUCUGUAUAUACCAUGGUCUUACUUUCCAACUCUGUACAUAUUUAUUUAUGGAGGAGCUAGGUCCAUAAAUGUUGUAAUAAAUAUUCCUUUGAUCUUGGUGUUUGCAA